GAAAACCAAGGUUCUUUCCCGUUUGCGCCCACGCGCUUUGGCAUUUCCAUACAACGCUCUUCGCCCUUACUGAUUGCGUUAUACCAGUUCUGUAUUCAUGAAAUAAUGAGAACUCUUUGAGCUGCGAGUAGAUUUGGGCUGGUCGCUGACAAUGAUGCACUCGCUGCACGCCCGCGUCGAAACGGCGCGCGGCGCUGCUGGGGAUCCAACAUUAUGGAGCACUAGUUGCUCAUCUGGGUGGCGCGCGCCUGCAGGGUCGGCCGCGCGAGCUUUGCCUGACCCUCACACAGCGAGGGCGCCCGGGACAUGGCCCCGGCCGGCCCGCACCCGCAACCCGGCGCGCGCUGCGCUGUGCCAAGCAAGCUUAUCAGCCUCGGGGCCGUGCUGGGAUGCGGGCGCAGAACGUGCAGUACCCCGCCGGGGUCAACUGGCAGCCGCAGCUGGGGCCCGUGGAGCAGUGCCUGCCUCAGUCACAACAGAAGUCCUUCAGGCAACCUCCGACGUUGAGGACGGGGUAGAAUGGCGGACUGCAGCCCAGCUGCUCGAGCUCGAGCCUGCCUCUACGUCCGCAGACGGGACAGAUGGCGGCUCCGCUCGCCUCUCGCGCAAAGGGAAGCAACCGCAGGCGGUACCGCAGCUGCUGCCGCGUGCGGCGCCGCGCAAGCGCAGCAGCGGCACGUCCAGCUCCGAUGACGAGCAGCUUAGCACCAAUAGCGGGGCCCCAGGGGCUUCUCCUUCCAGCAAGCUUGCAACUUCAGAGCAGUUAGGUGGCGCCUCUGCAUCGGCAGCAACUGGCAAUGCUGCUACUGCCGCCCCGACGGGCGUUGCAGCGGUGGGUGCCCCUACUGCAGAGGCCGCUGCGCCAGCUGCUGCGUCCACAAGCUCCAUGGACGGAGCUGACUCGCUGUUUGCCUUCCUGUCAUCACACGUCGCGCAAGUGGCCGCCUCCAAGCAGGAAGGCGGCGUGCCGGAGGACCAGCUGCAACUGGAGCAGCAGCGGCCACAAGACGGACAGCAGCAACAGCAGCAGCAGCAGACGGCGCGGCCAUCAAAGACCGCGACACAGCUGCAACACCAGAUACGGCGGCUCAAGCGGAGUGGGCGUCUGGCGACGGCGUUGCGCCUCUCUUACCAGGGCAUGGAAGAGCACCCGCGCAUGCGCUGCUUUGUGGCGUCUGCAGCCUCGCUGGAGGCAAAGCUCGGCCGCAAGGAUGCGGCGCUCGCGCUGCUGGACGACGGGCUGGCGAGGUGGCCCGGUAACGUGGCGCUGCUGCUGCCGCUUGGGCGCACGCGGGCGGCGCUGGGUGACCGUGCCGGCGCGCGGGAGGCGUUCCGGGCGGCGCUGGCGGCAGAGCCUGACAAUGCCUACGUGCUGCAUUCUUGGGGCAUGGUGGAGGCGGCCGCUGGCGACGUGGCGGCGGCUCGCGCUCUUUUCCGCUCGGCGGUCCGUGCCGAGCCCGACAUGGCCGCCACCUACACGGCCUGGGCGCGGAUGGAGGCCACGGCGCGGCGGGGGCCGGCGGGCGAGGAGGCGGCGCGGCGCGUGUUCGAGGAGGGCCAGCGAGCCGACCCUAGCCACGUGCCGCUGCUGCACGCCUGGGCGAUGUUUGAGCUGAACCACGACAAGCAGAGCGCGGCACGGCGGCUGCUGGCGCGUGCGCUUGAGCUGGACCCCCACCACGUGCCCAGCUGGAUGGCGCUGGGGCAGCUGGAGUGGCGGCAAGGGAACGCCGCGCGCGCCCGCGAGGUGUUCGAGCUGGGUCUAUCGCUGGGCGGCCGCGGCGCCGGCAUGCAGGUGUCGCUGCUGAGCGCCUUGGCAGAGCUGGAGCUGGGGAUGAAGAACGUCAAGCGGGCCAGGGAGCUGUUUGAGCGGCUGCGGCAGUACGCCCCCCGGCACGUGCCGGCGCUGCUGUCGGCCGCGCAGAUGGAGCACCGCGCCGGCAACGCCGCCCGCGCGGCGCGGCUGUACGACGAGGCGCAGGCGGCAGUGGAGCAGCAGGGCGUGGUGCGCGGCAGCGAGGGCGUGCCAGCGAGGAUUCUAAGGCCUAGGAGGCGGCAGCAGGCGGCGACGGCGACCGAGCAGGCGCAGGCGGGGGCUGGCACGGCGGCUGAGCCAGCCACUGCCGAACUAGGCGAACCUGCCGAGGGCGCACCGGGGGCUGAAGCUACGGCUUUCAGGGGCAGCCCACCUGGCGCCGUGGUGCCGGUGCUGCAUGCGCGGGCGCAGGCGGCGCUGCGGGACGGUGACGUGGAGGCUGCGGAGCGCUGGCUGGCGGCUGUGGAAUCGCUGGAGCCGGGGAACGGGUACUUGUGCCACACGCGCGGGCUGCUGUGCCAGCGCGAGGGGCGGGUCGAAGCGGCGGAGGACUGGUUCCGGCGCGGGCUGCGCUGCCGUGGCAGCCAUGAGGGCGCGCUGCUGUGCUAUGAGGGGCUGGCGGAGCUUCUGGCGUUCAAGGGCCUCAAGGACGAGGCGCGGGCGGUGUGGCGCGCCGGCGCGGCGGCGGUGCAGCCGCUCACCUCGCGCUACCUGCGCCAGGCGGCCUUGUUUGAGAAGAAGGAGCGCAACUGGGCAGCCGCCGCGGCGCUGUUCAGCGACGCGGUGCGCCGCGACCCUCAGGACUACCGCAGCUGGCUGCAGUGGGCGGUGUUUGAGCGGCGGCAGCGCAACUUCGAAGCGGCGGAGCGGUGCUUCCAGCGGGGCACAGCAGUGGCGCCCGGAUACCCGUACCUAUGGUAUUCGUAUGCGACCAUGCUCGUCGCGCUGAAGCGCCUUCCGGAGGCGCGGGCGGUGCUGCAGACCGCGACACGGAACUGUCCUCGCUCCGCGCCGCUGUGGAUGGAGUGGGCGCUGAUGGAGGCGGCGGCGGGAGACGUGCAGGCGGCGCGGCGGCUGUUCAUGCGGGGCUCUGAGGUACCACCCACGUUUCAGCACGCGCCGCUGUACCAGGCCUGGGCGGAAUUUGAGCGGCAGCAGGGCGACGAGGCGACGGCGCAGCGGCUGGCGCAGCAGGCCGAGGUGCUGUCCCAGGCGCCCGGGCCGGGGCGCCGCUCACGUGGCAGUCAGGUGGAGCCGUCGGCUGGGCCCAGUGCCACGGUCUAAGUGACGAUACCAGCCUGCCUGUGAUUUCAGCCAGUAGGGAUUAAGCAGUUGGGCACUUGAGCUUAGAGUUGACUCCGCAGUGCAAGACCCUGGCAGUGGCCAGGGUGCGUGGUACUUGCGAUCUGAGAUCAUGAGCAGCCGUACGAUGUAUUCGGUGGGAGUAUGUAUCGUAUGUAUCUUAUCUUGCACUGCGUUGACUGGCGGUGUUGCACUGAGCUGCCCGAGGCAUCGUAGACAGCUCGACCGCAAUUGCAGGGGCCGGCCGGGUGCACUGAAGCACGAUGUGAUCGGAGUAUGGCGUCACGGCCCACUCAGAGCAUCGUCGGUCAUGUCCCAUUGCGAGACGAUCGACGGCCAUCCUGCCUUGCUUUGUAAGUUCUCGUCUGU